GCGUGAGCGCGCACAACAGAAAGGAAGAAAAACUACCGCACGCUGGCAAACGGGGUCACGAACUAUGACCUUUCACUGGAGUAAAACAAUAACAAACAAUGUGAUAUAAACCCGACGCGCAUCCCUGUCAUAGCAGGCACACAGGUGGAGGUGUUCUCUGCAGAGGUCGUACUGGCCUUUGUCCAGUCAGACAACUCUAAUGACCUCACAUCACCAUGACAACCACUAUGGAGUUGCUGGCUCAGCAAAUAUUGACGACUGAGCAGGUUGCAGAGGUACAGUCUUCUCCAUCUGACAGCUCAGUGAUGAGCGCCUCCCCCCAGCGCAUUCAGAUCAUCUCCACUGACCCGUCCAUCACCAGCCCACAGCGAAUACAGAUUGUGACUGAACAGCAGACAGGUCAGAAGAUUCAGAUAGUCACCGCGCUGGACUCGAGUUUGCCCAAACAGCAGUUUAUCCUGACGGCACCCGAUGGCAGUGGAGCGAGCAAAGUCCUCCUGGCAUCACCUGAGAGCAGUAGUGCCAAACAGCUCAUCUUUGCCACCGCAGACAGUAUGGUGCCCAGCCGAAUUCAGUUUGUGACUGAUGCAGUGUCAGUGGAGAGGCUUCUUGGCAAAGGAGGAGACAUGAGUCGAGCCCAGCCUGUAGAAUACUGCCUGGUGUGUGGCGAUAAAGCAUCAGGGCGGCACUAUGGUGCGGUGAGCUGUGAAGGUUGUAAGGGGUUCUUCAAGAGAAGCGUACGCAAGAGUUUGACCUACAGCUGCCGCAGUAACCAGGACUGUGUCGUCAAUAAACACCAUCGCAACCGCUGCCAGUUCUGCAGACUCAGGAAAUGCCUGGAGAUGGGCAUGAAGAUGGACUCUGUACAGAGUGAGCGAAAACCCAUUGACCUGCCCAGAGAAAAGCCUGCCAACUGCGCUGCGUCCACAGAGAAGAUCUACAUCCGCAAAGACCUGCGGAGUCCUCUUAUCGCAACACCCACCUUCAUCACAGAGAAAGAGGCCCCACGGUCUGGCCUGUUGGACCCUGGGAUGCUGGUCAAUAUCCAACAACCUUUAAUUCAGGCUGAUGGCACAUUGCUAUUGGCAACAGAUAAAACGGAGUCAGGACAGGGUGAUCUAAGAACACUGGCUAACGUGGUUACAUCACUAGCCAACCUGAAUGACUCUCUGAAAAACGGAGAUACCACAGACAGGCAACUUGAGGACUCGCCCAGUGAGAUCACACGUGCCUUCGAUACGCUGGCUAAAGCUCUGAAUCCCAGUGAGGGGAUGGAGGCUCAGAGUCUGUCAGAGGUGGAUGGGAUGGGUGGACCUACAAUACAGGUGAUCAGCAGAGAUCACAUCACACCUCUCAUAGAAGUCGAAGGACCUCUGCUUACAGACGCACACGUCAACUUCAGGUUGACAAUGCCAAGCCCGAUGCCCGAGUACCUGAACGUGCAUUACAUCUGUGAGUCUGCGUCGCGUCUGCUGUUUCUCUCCAUGCACUGGGCACGAUCUAUCCCAGCAUUCCAUGCUCUCGGGCAGGAGUGUAACACAGCUCUGGUACGAGCCUGUUGGAAUGAGCUGUUUACUCUAGGGCUGGCUCAGUGCACACACAUCAUGAGUCUGUCUACCAUCCUCGCUGCCAUCGUCAAUCACCUGCAGUCCAGCAUACAGGACGUAGACAAGCUAUCCAGCGAGCGCAUUAAACUGGUCAUGGAACACAUAUGGAAGUUGCAAGAGUUCUGCAACAGCAUGUCAAAACUAGAGACAGACGGAUACGAGUACGCCUACCUGAAAGCCAUUGUCCUCUUCAGUCCAGAUCAUCCGGGUUUGAGCAGCUGCAGUCAGAUUGAGAAAUUCCAGGAAAAAGCACAGAUGGAACUUCAGGAUUAUGUCCAGAAGACCUACCCUGAUGAUACCUACAGGUUGGCACGUCUCCUGUUGCGUUUACCAGCACUGCGACUGAUGAGCUCCAGCAUAACGGAGGAACUUUUCUUCACAGGACUUAUUGGCAACGUACCAAUCGACAGUAUCAUCCCAUACAUCCUCAAAAUGGAGACUGCUGACUACAACAGCCAAGUUACAGGUCCCUCUGUGUGACCACACUCUGAAACCCUGAGACUCCAGUCAUGCGACUCCCAUUCUCCUCUGCCACAGUCAAAUAGAUGGACUUGCGUUAUAUUGGACCGACCAACAUGCUCUACCUCAAGAGGAGCUGCAACAGUGAAGGCCACAUAGUAUGUGAGUGAUUCCCUACAAAUAUUGUGUUGUACUCCAUGGAGUGAGAGGAAUUAUGGGACUUUUGAGUUCCAAUGGCAGCGCAUUUGCUUCCUGGGAAAUAAAACACACGUAGGCCUUGCUUUCCUUUCGACCUUUAUUUAAAAACACUUAAGCACUUCGUUAAAUGAUUCCUAUAGGAGUCCCAUAUCCAGACCUCUCCAAAAUGUCUGAAAUAUCUUUAUUACCUACAGGACAGUAUUUGCAGCUAUGGAUUGUUGAUGGACUGUUGUGUGAUCUUCUGCCACAUGACGUGAAUCAGAUCAUUUUUGCCCCAAAAUUUAAAAAAAAGAAACGUUGUUAUGGUAUGUUAUGUUUCACAUAAAGAAGUACAGUGCCAGAUUUACAAUUUUUUUUACAUAUAAAUAUAGUACCACAGCUCAUUAUUGCUCUGUACUGUAUCACCUCUGCAGUCAUGACAAUCAUCUAACAUUACGACGCUGCACUUACUUUCAAAAUCCUCUUUUUUUAAGACCUAUUUAUUUAAAUGAGUCUAACUCAGUCAAAACGGCAUCAUAAAGUAAUUUGCUUAUAAAUAAUCUGUGUAAAUAAAUGACAUACUAUUGAAAAUAGGAAAUAUUUCAGAUGUAAUGUGUCUUUUUAGCGUUUAACCAGUUAAAAUGUGUCAUUUUAGAUGUAAUCUAAAACAUGCAGUUUUGUUAUGAACGUUUUUUUCUAAUGUAGGCACUAGGGACUGAAAUGUUGUCAAUCAAUACAAAUAUCCUAUUUGAAAUGUAAAGAGUAUGUGAUGAGUAUGUGUUGAAAUGAACAUCUUUGCCAUGUUUUUUAUCAGAAACAUUCAUACUGUUUUAACUGUAUCUGUAUAUGUGCGUACAGAUAUUAACCUGAAAGCAAAAAGAUUACUAAGUUUGAACUUCCAGACUAUGAUUGCAUUUUCUUCAUGUAUGGUUUAUGCACCUUCAACCAAUAUCAGUAUCAAUGUGUCAACUAUUGGUGUUUUAUCCACAUGAAAUUUGUUUUCAAACUAAAUGUAAUAUUCCAAACACACCAACUUUUACAUAACAGCAUGGCAGGUCAAUGCUUUUUUACUCAUAGUACAUACGAAUGUGCAGAAUGAUUUGCAAACAAAACUUUUUCCUUAAGAUAUUCCUUGAGAAUCACCACCAGCUGUUACUGAACUCUUAAAACGGCCUAAGAUAUUUCCAAAAUGUGCCUCGUAUAUUUGAAAACGAUCCGAUACACAAUUGUUUUGCACUUGCAUGCUUUGCUUAUUUAUUAAGAACAUUUCAGACUGAACUCUACAAUAUUUUCAGUAUAUGUCUAUUGCAAUUUUUAAGUCAUGUCUAAAAUUGUUUUAAUGACUUAUUCGGUUGUAUAUAGCAAUUUGACUUGCAUAGCUGUAAACUGAUUGCUUCUGAACAGUUUAUUGGUAGAUACUAAGGUGAUUGGAAUCACCUUAAUUUUUUAAUAAAACAGUUUUUUCAUUCAUUUGUAAUAUUAAACCAUUAUCUGGUGUACGGAAACAUAUACAGUACAUUAAUGUUUUUUGGGAUUAAUCAUAUUUUCGAGUUUUUCAUUAAAAGUUGUCCCUACUUGCUCUCAUUGUUUAUGGCCAAAAGCACUUGGGAUCUACCCCAUUUAAACACAAUUCUUUAUAGUUAUGCUUUCAACGCUUGUGUAUGUAUUAUAAAAUGCUUGUUUUGAUUUUGUUCUGUCUGUUUUUUUAUAGGUAUUGUAAUGCCGUGUGACGGAUUUGUUGUAUGUGUAUUUUCAUAUAAGUGCAUAUAUUUGUUUUAUUUCCCCGUUUUCUGUCAAUGAGACAAAUUGUGCAUGAACUAGCUAAUGCAUUUUAUGAAAUGCUAUACUAUAUGUGAAUUUUAAAUAUUGUGGCUUAAGAAAAAAUAUACAUAUGCACACAUGUAUACACCGUGUGUAUGUACGAUACCAGACCGAAGCAAAAAAGAGAUAUAGCAGUACAUUUCUGGUAAUGAUUUUGUUUAUGUAUCUUGUGGAGCAAGCAAUGACCUCGGUGUGUUGUAAGUGAGCCUUCUUUGUUUAUUUUGUGAGCAUAUUUGAAAUAUACUGUUCAGAUCGCA